AUGGCUGUCACAGGAAAUCUGCCAGUUAAAAACCCGUCUCUGACUUCCAUCAAAACCAAGUUCAGCUCUUUGAAACAAAAACCUCAAAUUUUAUCCAAUAAUUUUAUUUUGAGUCUAUUCAAAUUAGUGGGUAUUUCAGGAUUACUCAUCUACUUGAUCUACCUAAUUGUUUUCUACCAUUCUGGUUGCUCAUCAGCUUCCAAGUUCUUCUUCUUCUCACCUUUGCAGCCGAAUCAAAGUAACUCUCCCACUAAUGUCAGCCACCUUGUGUUUGGACUUGUUAGCUCUGUCAAAACAUGGAAACCCAGAAAGCCUUACAUCGAUUCAUGGUGGCGACCCAACGUGACACGUGGCUAUCUCUUCCUAGACAGAGGCCCCAUGGAUGAGCUCCUCCCAUGGCCUAAAACUUCUCCCCCUCUUCGGAUCUCGGAUGACUGGUCUAAAUUAGAGAAAGAGUCGAAGCACAUAGCGCCAAUCAUGAUUCGCAUGGUACUUGCAAUUUGGGAGACUUUUAGAGAAGGCGACGAUGGAGCGAGAUGGUACAUUAUGGGGUUUGAUGACUCCAUUUUUUUUGUGGACAACUGGGUUAAUGUUUUGAACAAGUAUGAUCAUAGUAAGUAUUACUAUAUUGGGGGUAAUUCGGAGACUGUUCUGUCAAAUUUGCUAUUCUCGUUUGAUCAGGGUUUUGGAGGAGGUGGAUUUGCAUUGAGUUAUCCUUUAGCAGCAGCAAUGGUGAAAGAUUUGAAAGGAUGUAUAAAGAGGUACCCAUAUGUGAGGUCACAUGAUACGAUUGUACAGUUCUGUGUUGAUGAGUUGGGAGUUUCUCUUACUAUUGAGAAAGGCAUUCAUCAGAUUGAUCUACUAGGUGAUAUAUCAGGUUUUCUAUCAUCCCACCCACAAUCUCCUCUACUUUCUCUCCACCACUUGGAUUUUGUAAACCCUAUCUUCCCUUCCAUGGAUAGGAUGCAAUCUACAGACCACCUCAUGAAGGCUGCAAAAGUCGACCAAUCACGUUUAUUGCAACAAAUUAUUUGCUAUGCAAAGCAAAGAAAUUGGUCUUUCUCUGUCUCAUGGGGCUACUCUGUUCAUAUUUACGAGGGGUUUCACCCUCGUAGCAUGUUAAAGAGACCACUUGAGACAUUCACACCGUGGUUUAAGAAUGCAAAGCCUCCAAAGUUCAUGUUCAACACCAGGCGGCCAUGUGAAAAUCUUAGAGUUUUCUUCUUUGAAUCCAUUGAAAAGAGCUCAACAAACAAAAUUGUUACUAGGUAUGACAGAUCAUCAACACUUGGCUACGCAAACUGCCCAUGGAAGGGCAAUCAUUCUGCGGAUCACAUUUCCAAAAUUCAUGUCUUCUCAUCAACAACAAAGCUCAAGGAGAAAAUUACAAAAGAAGCAAUGUAA